GGAGGCCGGGGCGUGGCGCCAGCCGCCCACUGGGGCUGAGGCCGCCUGGUUGGUCCCCGACUUUUGUUGGUACCCGAGUUUCCAAGUGUCCCGGAAGAUGCUGCAGAGUUACUUGAGAGGCCCAGGAGACCCAUGAUGUAAUCUUCAGAAAAGAACAGAAGAAGCUGUGUGAGAGAAAACACAGAGAAAAAGAGGCGGUCCAGGACUUGUAUGUGGAAAUAGCUAGGGAGAUAGGCACCAUGACAGAGAAGCCUAUCCCAAAGAUUAUGAUAUAGAAGGUCCCGAGGAAAUAAAAAAACUGUGUAAUUCAACAUAUUGGCGACUUGGAACCAAUGAACCCCCAGUUUAUAGGUAUAUUGAUAGGAAUGAAAAUAGAUCAAUGGGUCAACUAUUUCUGAUGCUAUUCUCAUAUCUUAAUAAUUUGGAUAUCAGAAACACAUGAACAAAUGGCACAAGUUUAUUUAAACAGAGAAUUGGCUACAAUAAAGAGAAAGGCUUUACUGAAUGAAGAAACAAUGAGCUCUGGGAUUAUUGAAAGGGACACUGGAUUGCCUGCUACUGGCUUUGGAGCUCUCUUUACUAGACACCCACCAGAUCAUCGCAAAAUGUGUGCAUUGACAACAUAUGCUGAAGACUAUGCUCCACCAUAUGAUUAUCAGCCAUUUCCCAAUCCUCGCCCGGGACCAGCUGUGCGCCGCGCCGGCUUCACCCGGGACGCGAUCGAGCGGCGCUCCCCAGUCAGGCACCCCCAGCUUUCCGCUCAGCAACCCGAGCCGCUCCGCAAACUUGGGCAGCUCCAAGUGCACGCUCUGCCUCUCGCCUGGUCCGUCCCUGGCGCGCCCGCUCCCCUCCACCGGGGCUGCCGGUCCCAGCGGGCCGGUAGCUUGCACCCCCUUGGGGUCGUCCUCCCUCCCCGAAGCGCGACCAUGCUGCUAAGGGGCGUCCUCCUGGCAGUACAAGCCCUGCAGCUUGCGGGAGCCCUGGACCUGCCCGCGGGUUCCUGCGCCUUUGAAGAGAACACCUGCGGCUUUGACUCGGUGCUCCAGUUUCAGCCCUGGUUUUUAAACGAGGAAGGCCAUUACAUUUACGUGGACACCUCCUUUGCCAAACAGGGGGAAAAGGCCGUGCUGCUAAGUUCUGACCUACAGGCUGAGGAAUGGAGCUGCCUCCGACUGGUCUACCAGAUAACUGCGUCUUCAAGGUUUCCAUCAGAUACCAGCCGGCUGAACCUCUAUGUGAGAUUUGAAGACGAAAGCUUUGAUCGCUUGCUUUGGUCAGCUAAGGAGCCUUCUGACAGCUGGCUCAUAGCCAGCUUGGACUUACAGAAUAGUUCCAAGAAAUUCAAGAUUUUAAUAGAAGGUGUGCUGGGCCAGGGAAACACAGCCAGCAUUGCGCUCUUUGAAAUCAAGAUGACAACCGGCUACUGUAUCGAAUGUGACUUCGAAGAAAACCACCUGUGUGGCUUUGUGAACCGCUGGAACCCCAAUGUGAACUGGUUUGUCGGAGGAGGAAACAUUCGGAACUCCCCUUCCAUUCUCCCGCAGGAUCACACCUUCAAGAACGAACUAGGCCACUACAUGUACGUGGACUCGGUUUACGUCAAGCACUUCCAGGAGGUGGCGCAACUCAUCUCCCCGAUGACCACGGCCCCCAUGUCCGGCUGCCUGUCGUUUUAUUACCAACUCCAGCAGGGGAAUGACAAUAUCUUCUCCCUCUACACUCGGGAUGGGGCUGGCCUUUACGAGGAAAUCUGGAAAAUGGACAAGCCAGGGAAUGGUGUGUGGAAUCUUGCUGAGGUGGAGUUCAGCGCGCCGUACCCCAUGGAGGUUAUUUUUGAAGUUGCUUUCAAUGGUCCUAAAGGAGGGUAUGUUGCCCUGGAUGAUAUUUCUUUCUCUCCUGUUCACUGCCAAAAUCAGACAGAACUUCCUUUCAGUGCCAUGGAAGCCAGCUGCAAUUUCGAGGAAGAUCUCUGCAACUUUUAUCAAGACAAAGAAGGUCCAGGCUGGACCCGGGUGAAAGUAAAACCAAACAUGUAUCGGGCCGGAGACCACACAUCAGGCAUCGGGUAUUACUUGCUGGCCAACACAAAGUUUACAUCUCAGCCUGGCUACAUUGGAAGGCUCUACGGUCCAUCCCUGCCGGGAAAUUUGCAGUAUUGUCUACGUUUUUAUUAUGCCAUCUAUGGGUUUUUAAAAAUGAGUGACACCCUAGCAGUUUACAUCUUUGAAGAGAACCACGUAGUUCAAGAGAAAAUUUGGUCUGUGCUGGAGUCUCCAAGGGGUGUCUGGAUGCAAGCUGAAAUCACCUUCAAGAAGCCUAUGCCAACCAAGGUGGUUUUCAUGAGCCUAUGCAAAAGUUUUUGGGACUGUGGACUGGUAGCCCUGGAUGACAUUACGGUACAGUUGGGAAGCUGCUCGUCUCCAGAGGGGCUUCCACCUCCACCUGGAGAGUGUACUUUCGAACAAGAUGAAUGUGCUUUUACCCAGGAGAGAAGAAACAGGAGCAGCUGGCACAGGAGGAGGGGAGAAACCCCCACCUCCUACACAGGACCAAAGGGAGAUCACACUACUGGGGUAGGGUACUACAUGUACAUCGAGGCCUCCCACAUGGUGUAUGGACAAAAAGCACAUCUCUUGUCCUGGCCUCUGAGAGGAGUCACCGGAAAACACUGCUUGACCUUUUUCUACCACAUGUAUGGAGCAGGGACUGGCCUGCUGAGUGUUUAUUUGAAAAGGGCAGGCGAUAGUGAAGAGUCCCUCUUAUGGCGAAGAAGAGGCGAACAGAGCAUUUCCUGGCUACGGGCGCUGAUCGAAUACAGUUGUGAGUCCCAGCACCAGGUAAUUUUUGAAGCCAUUCGGGGAGUGUCAAUAAGAAGUGAUAUUGCCAUUGAUGAUGUUAAAUUUCAAGCAGGACCCUGUUCAGAAAUGGAAGAUAUGACCCAGCAGUCAUCAGGAUAUUCUGAGGAUUUAAAUGAAAUUGAGUUUUAAGAAAUGAUCUGAAUUGGAUAAACUAAACAAGAGCCAUACCUCUCUUCAAUCAAAAUGAACACAAAACAAAUAAACACCGGACAGUCUUAACCAUUUUGUGAAUUAUAAAACGACUUCACAGCACAGUAUUCUUUUUCAUUACUUUUGCAAAAAAUACUGACUCAGGGCUUUUUGGUGUUUUUGUUUUUGGUUUUUGGGUUUGUUUUUUUUUUCCUUUUUGCGUAUGACAACUGUUACGGAAAUACAGGCUAUUGAUUUUGCGUAGAUCAUUCAUCUUAAUUUUGGUUCCAGUUAGAAAUACAAAUAUACUAUAUUGCAGUCACUUUAAAGUAUGCAAAUGGAAGGGCACAAUCAAAAUGAGAUGUGUCAUUUAAAUCUGCAUUCAGUGAAUGUAUUGGGAGGAGAAGAUGUCUCAUGGGUUUCUUUUUGACUUUCAAGUAUCGCAGCUGUUUUUAAAGUAAUAAUGUGAGGUGUCAGUAUCUGCAGAAUGAAUGCAGUUUUUCAUGGUAACAAGUUAGUCUAAGAAAAUAAAAUCUUAUUUUCUACGUUUUAUUCAUAGAAAUGGAGUGUUAAUUGUUAAAUAUUUUUACCAUAUGUGAUAACUAAGGAUCUUUCCUGAAUGUCCCAGGGUAAGUCAGUAUUAAUUAAUGCUGUAUUACAAGGCAAUGCUACUUUCUUUUUUCCCCCCUUUGAACUACUUUGGAAAGUCACUAUGAACACAUGGAUUAGAAAUUGCACUCUUUUUUUGUAAAGCAAGCUCGAAAAUGUUUAUGUACACACACCUGAAAAUUUUUAGGACGUGUUAAGCAAUUUUACUGAUUUUUAUAAUAAAUGUUUUGGUAAGGUUUUGAGGAGUAUGAAUUCAAGCAGACAUACUAAACUGCUGCUUUUUAUUUACGUGCUUAGAAAAUUGUACAUACGUAUUUUAUACCCAAACAGCUGUUUUAAGAUUACCUAAUAAAAGGUAAUUUGAAAAUCUU